CAUUUUCAUGAGAUACUUGGAAUCCAACCUGGAGACGCCCGUUUAUUUCUAAAUGGCCUUCAUAUUGACCUGGAUUUUCAUGAUCCAUUUAGUAUCUUGGAGACUCUUAAACUGGAAGGAAAAGUGGUGCAUGGCCUUCAUGAACUUGGAAUCAAAGAGGAGAUCCUGAGUAAAUUUAUGAGGUUGCAUAUACAUCCUACAGAUGACAGUUAUGUGCUAGAUAUUCGUCACUCUUCGAUAAUAUGGGUCAAUAAUAUAGAACAAGAUCACAGAUACAGCACAUGGCCUGCAAGCUAUCAGGAGCUACUAAAGCCUGCAUUUCCUGGAGUGAUACAGCAGAUUAGACGGAAUUUAUAUAAUCUGGUACUUUUUGUUGAUCCUGUCCAAGAAGAUACAGGUGAUUAUAUGAAACUGGCAGAAUUACUCUAUCAUCAUAAUGUACCGCUUAGGUAA